AGGAUUUUGUGUUUUACGACAAAAUACUACAUUCAUUCCGGUUGUGUCUUUGUACGACAGCUUACAAUUAAAGGACGAUUGUGCCGAAGGUGGCCUAAAUGACGUCAGCUGCAGAGACAGUGGAGAAUGCCUCCAUCCUGUCGGGCGCUUCAACACAGGAGGGCCAUCGCCUGUGGAUCGGCAACAUCGACCCUAAAAUCACAGAGUAUCAUCUGGUGAAGCUCCUGGAGAAGUUUGGCAAAGUGAAGCAGUUUGACUUUCUCUUCCACAAAUCGGGUCCACUGGAGGGCCAGCCCCGAGGUUACUGUUUCGUCAAUUUCCACACGAAAGAGGAGGCUGAGCGUGCCAUCCAGUGUCUGAAUGGGAAGCUGGCGCUGUCUAAGAAGUUAGUGGUGCGUUGGGCUCAUGCACAGGUAAAGAGGUUUGAGCCCUACAGAGGGGACAAGAACCUACCUGCCAGCUUAGAGCCCUCAUGCAGUGCAACUGAGGAGGUGCCAACCAACCUGAGCGUGAACGCGAAGAUCCGGGCCAUCGAAGCGAAGCUGCAGAUGAUGGAGGAAAACCCAGAUGAGGAGUACUCCGGACCCUCGGCAUACCUUUACAACAAGCCCCCCGAGAAGAAGCGAACCCAGCCUUACAACAAGCACUUCCGCAAGUUCAGGAGAUGACCUCCCGUGUAGCGCCCCCUUCUGACACUGUCAUACUGUCCAUGCACAGUCACAUAACACGAUGGACAUCUAUACGAUGUGUUCAGGGCUGAAAUACAAAGUGCUUGUUUCCUCUGUGCAAUUACACAGUAGUGUUUGAUGAUGUAGCAGGAACGUUUGGGCCUCCGGCUCCCAUUACACUCUGCAUUAGGACGAGUUCACACUGUGUGUGGGCAGAGCUAAUGGAAUUAACCCUGCUCCAGUCAGAGGGAUCUUUAUGUGUACCUGUUUUAAGCAGUGUCUUAACAGAAACUUUGUGGUGUUCUUUUUUUUUUUUA